AUGUGCUCUCUCAGCACAGCCAAUGCCAAGUUCUGUCUUGACUUUUUCAGAGAGCUGAGCAAAAUAAAAAGAAAUGAAAACAUUUUCUUCUCUCCACUAAGUCUCUCAGCUGCCUUUGGGAUGGUUGUCCUCGGUGCCAGGGGAAACACGCUUAAACAGAUUGAGGAGGUAUUUCACUUCAGUGAAGUUUUGAGCAGUGCAAGCCAGGGAAACCAAUAUGCUUCUGAGAAGGUAAGAGACAGUUGCACUCAAGCCUGCCAUGACCUUCUGUUUUCCUGUUUGAAGUACGAAGAAGCUGGAGGAGUCCAUUCCCAGUUCCAGUCUCUGUUGGCUGCAGUCAGUGAACCCAGACCAGGCUGCUCUCUCACCAUUGCCAACAGGCUCUUUGGAGAAAUUACUUAUCCGUUCUUCCAGCAAUACUUGGAUUCCACAAAGAAAUUCUAUCGAGCAGAACUGGAAGCAGUCAAUUUUAAAUGCACUGAAGAAGAAGCCAGAGAGAAGAUUAACUUCUGGGUGGAAAAUGAGACAAAAGGUAAAAUCAAAGACCUAUUUGCUACUGGGUUUAUUGAUCCCUCCACUGUACUUGUCCUGGUCAAUGCUAUAUAUUUUAAAGGAAAGUGGGCAGUAGAAUUUAAGAAAGAAGACACCAAGGAAACAUAUUUCCAACUGAACAAGAAUGAGAAAAGGACAGUGCAGAUGAUGUUUCAAGAAGGUUAUUUUAACAUGGCCUUCAUAGAGGAACCGAAAAUGAAAGUGUUAGAGCUCCCAUACUUUAACAAUGAACUGAGCAUGCUCAUUCUUCUUCCUGAAGUUGUCUGUGAGGACUUUACUGGCCUAGAACAGCUUGAAUGCACCCUCACAUAUGAAAAACUAGCAGGAUGGACCAGCUCGGAUAGGAUGCAACAGCUGAGAGUGAAGGUGUACCUGCCUCAGUUCAAGAUGGAGGAAAGUUAUGUUCUCAACACAGCUCUCCAGGAGAUGGGAGUGAUGAAUGUUUUUGACUGGGGAAAAGCUGAUUUGUCAGGAAUCUCUACGAAAAACGGUUUAGCUGUGUCCAAAGCCAUCCAGAAGUCAUUUGUGGAAGUGAAUGAAGAGGGCACUGAAGCAGUUGGUACCAUGGGGCUUGCUGCAAUGCCUCUGUGUCACCCAGUUUCUUAUGAGUUCAGAGCUGACCAUCCAUUCCUCUUCUUCAUCAGAUACAACACAACGAAUACCAUUCUCUUCUUUGGAAGAUAUUGUUCCCCUUAA